CGCGCGGGGCAUUGUGGGAGCUCGCCGCCAGCCCGUCGAGCCGCCGCCGUUGGCCCCCGCGGGCUGAGCCGAGGCAGCGCGAGCGGCAGCGCGAGCGGGGCCGCUGCCGGCCGCCGGGAGACAUCUUGCCGCCGGGAGCCGCGCCAGUGCUGUUCCAGACCCAAUACAGACAAAAUGUCCAGCAGGGGUGGAAAGAAGAAGUCAACCAAGACUUCCCGCUCUGCAAAGGCUGGGGUCAUAUUCCCUGUUGGAAGAAUGCUACGUUAUAUUAAGAAAGGUCACCCAAAGUACAGAAUUGGUGUUGGUGCUCCAGUGUACAUGGCUGCUGUACUUGAAUAUCUGACUGCGGAAAUUCUUGAAUUGGCUGGAAAUGCAGCAAGGGACAACAAGAAGGGUCGCGUCACUCCUAGACACAUCCUGUUGGCCGUAGCAAAUGAUGAAGAAUUAAAUCAGCUGUUGAAAGGAGUCACCAUAGCCAGUGGUGGAGUGUUACCCAAUAUUCACCCAGAGCUGUUGGCAAAGAAGCGAGGAUCGAAAGGAAAACUGGAAGCCAUUAUCACUCCACCUCCAGCAAAGAAGGCAAAAUCUCCAGCACAGAAGAAAACUGUAACAAAGAAAGCAAGUGGCAAGAAAGGGGCAAGGAAAUCCAAGAAGCAGGGAGAAGUGAGCAAAUCAGCCAGUGCUGACAGUACAACAGAGGGAACUCCUGCAGAUGGUUUCACAGUCCUGUCCACCAAAAGCCUCUUUCUUGGCCAGAAGCUGAACCUUAUUCACAGUGAAAUCAGUAAUUUAGCCGGCUUCGAGGUGGAGGCCAUUAUCAAUCCUACCAAUGCUGACAUUGACCUUAAAGAUGACCUAGGGAGCACUUUGGAAAAGAAAGGCGGCAAGGAGUUUGUGGAAGCUGUCAUUGAGCUUCGCAAAAAGAACGGACCAUUGGACAUAGCUGGAGCUGUUGUCAGUGCUGGCCAUGGAUUGCCUGCAAAGUUUGUGAUCCACUGUAAUAGCCCAGGCUGGGGCUCAGACAAAUGUGAGGAGCUGCUGGAAAAGACAGUGAAGAACUGCUUGGCUCUGGCUGAUGAAAAGAAGCUGAAAUCAAUUGCAUUUCCUUCAAUUGGCAGUGGCAGAAAUGGCUUCCCAAAGCAAACGGCUGCUCAGCUGAUCCUGAAAGCCAUCUCCAGCUAUUUUGUGUCAACAAUGUCCUCUUCAAUCAAGACGGUGUAUUUUGUGCUCUUUGACAGUGAGAGUAUAGGGAUAUAUGUGCAGGAAAUGGCCAAAUUAGAUGCCAACUAAGCCUAGAAAGCUGCAGUACCAGCCCACUUACCUGUCAUCCUCCUCCUCCCCAAAUCCUUAACUCAUCGUGAAGCAGAGCAUCCCUCGUUUUAAAUUUUGCUCAUUUAGGGGAAUAAAAGUGGUUUUUUUGGUUUUGUUUGUUUGUUUUGGUUUGUUUUUUAUUUUUCUUUCUAAAAUGUUUUAUGUUGGCACUGAUAGUUGGCAUUACUGCUGUUAAUGCACUGUAUACCAGGCAUCGUCUGAAUUUAGUGUAAUCUAGGAGAUUUUAUAGUUUUAUUUUAAUGAAGUAUGGAUUGAAGCAGAAAGCUGUUAGGAGUAUGUAGUCUUCUACUUGUGAAAGAAUCAGGCAGACCCUAUUUUGUAACUGUGUUGUGGUGCUUUAUCAAUACAUUGAGUGGCGUUCCUUUCAUUUUUUUUAAAGAACAGAUGCUAUAAACCUAAUUUGUGUUUGUUUAUUGUCUUAAUGAUAAAUCUGGAAGAAAAAAUACAGAAGCCCUGUUGUCCUUAAUUAUAUUUACAAUUUUGAAAAUGUGUGAAUUGAUUUAGUAAAAUGUUUGAACUGUU